AUGUCGAUGGGAGCCGUUCUUUCGCAUGGUGACAAGGCCGGAGAUUUGAAAGGCGAUGCGGAUGAGAGUACAAAUUCGGAUGCCGGAGUGAGGAGAUCCAGCAAUUUGCCAGAAUUGAGGUAUGCCAAGGUGAUUAUGAAGCUGGAGGAGGUGUUGGAUGGAGACUUCUUUACAGAAUACAUCAAAAGAGGGAAUAUUCUCAUGCUUUCUGAAGGAGAAGCAGGCGUGGACAACAUCAUCACCCUCCAAGACGGAGUCUUGCGCUUGGAACUCGCAAAGGAAGUCUAUGAACACACUGGCCUUCAAGGUACUCCUGUCCGCUCAGGAGGCCGAAAACAUGUCAAGUCUCGGUACUUGGUCGAAUACAACUUACGCCUCCCUUCAAUGCUGCAUGGAAAGAAAGGGUUUGAACGACUUGUCUGGGCAGCAAAGAAUGUCCUAAACAAUAGUCUUCAAUGGCUGUUUUUAGACCUCAAUGACGACCAUGCUGCGGAACUCAAAGGACCGAUUACUGCCCACCAUCCCACCAUUAUCAAUUUGUCCCCUUCGGUCGAGAUGCUACCGAAUGUUCUUAUUCCUUCGACUUUGACCACGAACGUCCUUACACACCCUGUACUGGCCAAGACGACAUCUUCUCAUGGCAACACAUCCACAUCCAGUGCACCCGAAGAGCUGCAAGAGUCGGUCCUCGACCUCUUCGAAUACAUCGACAUGCUCUCGCUAGCAUCUCCGCGCGUCCAGACCACCGACCGCGUCGACCCAUUCAUAAGUCGAUAUCAAGUCCCCGAUCUCUAUGACCCUAUCCAUGAGGGUUCGCAUGCUCCGAAAAAAACACGGCCGCAAAAUGUCAAGGUGAUGACGUGGACGGGGUUGAUCCCAGUACAAUGGGUUUUGGAACUUCUGUGUUCGAUCAUGUAA